CCAGUAUACUGCGCGUGUAUAACAAAGAGAUAGGAUCAAAUUUUGUGCCUCAGUGAACGCAGGGACAAAUUAAACGAAACAUGGCUGACUCAAGACCUCGCCAAAACUAUCAUCAGGACUGUGAAGCUGGAAUUAACAAACAGAUUAACAUGGAAUUACACGCUAGUUAUGCCUAUCAAUCUAUGGCAUUUUACUUUGACCGAGAUGAUGUGGCUUUGCCUGGAUUCUCGAAAUUCUUCAGUCAUUCCUCCUCCGAGGAGAGAGAGCACGCCCAGAAGUUAAUGAAGUAUCAGAAUAAAAGAGGUGGACGUGUCGUUCUCCAGAAUAUCCAAAAGCCCGACCGUGAUGAGUGGGGAUCUGGUCUGGAUGCGAUGAAAGCAGCGUUACAGCUAGAAAAGACUGUGAACCAGGCUCUUCUUGACCUUCACAAGAUCGCCAGUAACCACGAGGAUCCGCAGGUUGGUUAAAUGUUCGGUUGCAUUCAAAGA